GAAGAAUCAGUGUACCCCCACAGAAAUGGAGAGGGCCAUGGAGAAGUUCAUCACUGUCUUCCAGAGGUACGCUGGCAAGGAAGGCAACCAAUCCUCCAUGAACUUCAAGGAGUUUGAGAGCUUCAUGAACACUGAGCUGGGCUCUUUCACCAAGAACCAGAAGGACCCACAGAUCCUGCAGAAGUUAAUGAAGUCUGUAGAUGGUGGGGUCGAUGGGAAGAAGGACGGAGAGAUCGACUUUCAAGAGUUUCUCAACCUUAUCGGAGGGAUGAUGGUGGCCUGCCAUGAGGCCUUGAUGAAGUGCCCACCAUCAAAUAAGAACCCCGUCUCUGCUACAAAACCAACAGACAUGGAAUGUGCCAUGGAAAGCAUCGUCCGGGUCUUCCAACACUACGCCGGCAAGAAAGGCGAGAAAGAUCAGAUGGAUUACUCCGAGUUCGAGGCUUUUAUGAAAACGGAACUGAAGUCUUUCACUGACAGUCAGAAGGACCCGAACAUUGUGCGUCGGUUGAUGGAGUCAGUGGACGGCAGCACGGAUGGGAAGCAAGACCGAAAGAUGAAUUUCCAGGAGUUCAUGAACCUGAUCGGCGGAAUAAUGGUUGCUUGUCAUGCUGCGUUUGUGUCUCACCUGAAGAGGGUCUGAGGGCGCCGUAGGCGAGCGUUCCGCUUUCAUCCAUUCCACGUGUUACUGAUAUCAAUGUUUCUGAUGUUGUCUUUUGUUCUAAUAAAAUGUUUAAA